GUGGCCGUCUCUCUCUGCCACCCGCCCUGUUGGCCAGCCUGAGCCAUGGGCGGCCUGGCUUUCCUGCUCCUGCCUUUCCUGGCACCUAUGGCCACCACAGCUGUCAAUCCAGCCCUAAGAGCCCUUGCCAGCCUAAACUUGCAAGUCUUCCCCACAUUCCAACCGAAUGAGGUCAAUAACUACUCAGUUUAUUACUUCGAACAGAAGGUUGAUCAUUUUGGAUUUUAUAAUACAAAAACUUUUAGGCAGCGGUACCUAAUAGCUGAUAAAUAUUGGAAGACAUAUGACGGUGUAAUACUUUUCUACACUGGCAAUGAAGGGGACAUUACCUGGUUUUCAAAUCAUACGGGGUUCAUGUGGGAUGUGGCUGAGAAGCUGAAAGCUUUGCUGGUGUUUGCUGAACAUCGAUACUAUGGGGAUUCCCUUCCCUUUGGUGAGGACUCAUUCAAGGACGCCAAGCAUUUGAAUUUUCUGACAUCAGAACAAGCUCUGGCUGAUUUUGCAGAGUUAAUCAGACAUUUGAAAAGAACUGUCCCGGGAGCCGAUGGCCAACCUGUCAUUGCCAUCGGGGGCUCUUAUGGUGGUGUGCUUGCAGCUUGGUUCAGAAUGAAAUAUCCUCAUUUAGUAGUUGGAGCUCUUGCAGCUUCUGCCCCUAUCUGGCAGUUUGAAGAGUUGACUCCCUGUGGUGUGUUUAUGAAGAUCGUAACUGAAGAUUUUAGGAAAAGUGGUACAAAAUGUUCAGAGAGCAUCCUCAGGUCUUGGGGUGCCAUUAACCGACUCUCAAAUACAGGCAGUGGUCUACCAUGGCUCACCAGAACCUUUCACCUGUGCACCUCCCUUAACUCUGAGGACAUCCAACGCCUGAAAGACUGGAUCUCUGAGACCUGGGUGAACCUGGCCAUGGUGAACUACCCAUACCCAGCCAACUUUUUAAAGCCUUUGCCUUCUUGGCCCGUCAAGGUCGUGUGCCAGUAUCUGACGAACCCCUAUAUGUCGGAUUCCCUGCUGGUGCAGAACAUUUACCAAGCUCUGAAUGUAUAUUAUAAUUACUCAGGCGAGUCCAGAUGCAAUAAUAUUUCUGAAACAACAAUUGGCACUUUGGGAUCCCGGGUUUGGGGCUAUCAGACUUGCACAGAAAUAAUCCUGCCUUUUUGCACGAAUGGUAUUGAUGACAUGUUUGAACCCCGCGCAUGGGAUUUAGAGAAGUACUCUGAUGACUGUUAUAAACAGUGGGGUGUGAGGCCACGGCCUUCCUGGAUCACUACAGUAUAUGGAGGCAAAGAAAUCCAUUCACAUUCAAACAUCAUUUUCAGCAAUGGUGACCUGGACCCGUGGUCAGGAGGUGGAGUUACUGAAGAUCUCUCUGAUACCCUGGUGGCAGUCAACAUCCCAGAGGGGGCCCACCAUUUAGAUCUGCGAUCCAGCACUGACACGGACCCACCAUCUUUGCAGUUAGCCCGCUCUGUGGAAGUUAGACACAUGAAGCAAUGGAUCUCAGAUUUCUAUGGCAAUUACAGAAAGCAGCCCUGAGCAACUUUUACAACCACCUUUCUCUUCUUCUUUUAUGUUCACUCCACCCACAAACCCAUUCACUUUGAUUUUUUAAUAAGUAAUUACUUUCUCUCAUUUGUCAUUAUAUUUGUUGGGCCAAGGUUGAGACAGAAGAGAGUGACAGGGGUGGGUGUAGCCAUCCCACCCCGGUGACUGCUCCGUCCUCCUUGUAUUUAAUCAUUUCCAGGAAGAAUUUGCCAUCAUGGCAGCUCGCAUGCCAUCAGAACUGGCAUGGUUCCUGACUGCCUUUCACCAGAGGGAGAGCCACUUCUUGCUUUUUCAAGCAAAGAUAUCUCCUUGGGUUUGAGGCUGAAGUCUCUGGUCCCCAUUCCUGCCACAAAAGGAGAAGCAGAAGCUGGAUUAAAAACGCUGCAACUGCAGCUGGUAGGAUGUGUGAUGCCAAUCCAGGAAACGGGCCGCUUCCUUUGAGCUCGAUGACUGCCUUUGAACUGGGCUGCAAUAAAGAACAAGGCAGACCUA